GUGUGUGUGUCUUGUGCACGUGGAUGCAGUAAUGUGUGCAGCGCUGCCAUGUUGCUGAGGCUGCAGGCUGGCACAGAUGAGAUCUCGGUGAAGGGUGAACACACACAGAGAGAGAGAGAGAGAGAAUGAAAAAAGAGUGAGUGAGAGAGCGAGCGAGCGAGCGUGCACGUGAAGGGGGGAUCUAGUGCAUAAGGGCGGAGCUCUGCAUCAGGCAAUACCUUCUCUCUCUCUUUCUCUCCAUCUCUGAUCUGGCUGCCGGUGCUCCAGUCUCUCCUCUAUUUCAGCAGCAUCAUCUCCAUCUUUUGUUCUGGAAUAUUCUGGUCACCUGCGCGAGCGACAGGAGGCUUUGGAGUGUGUGUGUGUGUGAGUGUGUGAGGGAAGGAUGGUUUUGCCGGCUGGUUGUGUGGCGUUUGUGCAGCGAGUGUGUUGGGCAUCUGCGGCGUCUCUGCGUGAGCCAUGAGCCGCUCCGUCUCCUGCUCAAUGCUCAACUGCUUCGGUGAGGAGGGGCCGCCCAGCCUGGAGUACAUUCAGGCCCGGGAUCUGUUUCCCCAGAAAGAGCUGCUCAAAGAGGACGACACUCUACAGGUGCCGUUCCCCGUCCUGCAGGGCGAGUGGGUGGAGUUUCUGGGUCGUGCAGAUGAUGCCGUCAUCGCCAUCUCCAACUACAGGCUGCACAUCAAAUUCAAAGACUCCAUCAUCAAUGUUCCUCUGAGGCUCAUUGAGAGUGUGGAGAGCAGAGACAUGUUUCAGCUCCACAUCAUCUGCAAAGACUCGAAAGUAGUGAGGUGUCAUUUCUCGACGUUCAAGCAGUGUGAGGAGUGGCUGAAGCGUCUGCAGCGAGCGAUCACACACCCCGCGCGUCUGGAGGAGCUGUUCGCUCUGGCUUAUCACGCCUGGUGUUUAGGAGCAAACACUGAUGAUGAAGACCAGCACCUGCAUCUGUGCAGACCAGGUGAUCACGUGCGUCACAGGCUGGAGGUGGAGGUCAAGCGGAUGGGCUUCGACAUGCAGAAUGCCUGGAGAGUCUCUGACAUCAACACCAACUACAAGCUGUGCUCCAGUUAUCCUCAGAAGCUGCUGGUGCCCGUCUGGAUCACAGAUAAAGAGCUGGAGAGCGUGGCCUCCUUCAGGUCCUGGAAGAGGAUUCCUGUGGUGGUUUACAGACACCAGCGUAACGGAGCGGUGAUCGCCCGCUGCAGCCAGCCGGAGAUCAGCUGGUGGGGCUGGAGAAACACAGAGGAUGAAUAUCUGGUCACAUCCAUAGCCAAAGCCUGUCAACUGGACGGAGGAUCUCGAGCCGGCAGGAGCAGAGGAGACGGACCUGACUCAGACAGCGACUUCGACUCGUCUCUGACGGGAUGUCCUGCUCCAGACUCCAGCGCCGCCGCACAGAAGCUGCUUAUUCUGGACGCUCGCUCCUAUACUGCAGCCGUGGCCAACCGCGCCAAAGGAGGCGGCUGCGAGUGUGAAGAGUAUUAUCCCAACUGUGAGGUGAUGUUCAUGGGCAUGGCCAACAUCCACUCCAUCAGGAACAGCUUUCAGUCGCUCAGAGCCGUCUGCAGUCAGAUCCCAGAUCCUGGAAAUUGGCUGUCGGCUCUGGAGAGCACCCGCUGGCUGCAGCAUCUGUCUGUCAUGCUGAAAGCUGCCAGUCUGGUGUGCUCGGCGCUGGAGCGGGACGGCCGGCCUGUGCUGGUCCACUGUUCAGACGGAUGGGACAGAACACCUCAGAUUGUGGCCCUCGCUAAGAUCCUUCUGGACCCCUUCUACAGAACCAUAGAGGGUUUUCAGGUGCUGGUGGAGACGGAGUGGCUGGAUUUUGGUCAUAAGUUUGCGGACCGCUGUGGUCAUCAGGAGAACGGGGAUGAUGUGAGUGAGCAGUGUCCGGUGUUUCUGCAGUGGCUGGACUGUGUUCAUCAGCUCCUCAAGCAGUUCCCCUGCCUCUUCGAGUUCAACGAGGCCUUUCUGGUGAAGCUGGUCCAGCACACAUACUCGUGUCUGUACGGCACGUUUCUGUGUAAUAACGGUAAAGAGCGCGAGACCCGUAACGUCUACAAGAGGACCUGCUCUAUCUGGUCUCUUCUGCGCACUGGAAACAAGAACUUCCAGAACUUCCUCUAUAUUCCCUGUCAUGACAUGGUCCUCCAGCCGGUGUGUCACACUCGUGCUCUUCAGCUGUGGACUGCAGUGUAUCUGCCCUCAUCAUCGCCCUGCACUGCAGCUGAAGACGCCGUGGAGGUUUACCUGAGCCCAGGUGCUGGAGACCGAGAAGAAUUCAGCUCUCGCUCCCUCGACAGGCUCCCAAAAACACGCUCGAUGGACAACCUGCUGUCUGCGUGUGAGAAUGGUGUGACCCUGACCCGUACCUCCAGUGACCCCAACCUGAACAAGCACUGCCCGGAGGGACGGCCCUCGCUGGAGCCCAACCCACCCCUGAUUCUGGCUCCAGACGCCGGAGCCCUUAGAGAAGAGCUGGAGAAUCACCAGAGUUUACCAUCUGAACAGCUGGAGGAUGACCAGGGGGUGGAGCCAUGUUUGACAACCCAGCCCCUCCCAUCAAUACCCCGACCAUUAGCAAUAGAACAAGCCCCUCCUCCUUUGAUUUCAAACCAAUCACCGCCUCAGAUCACACACAGUCCCCUCCCCCCUUCAGACGUGCACGUCAGAACUGCAGAAAUCACUUCCACGGCUUCUCUAUGUAAUGGAUUUGCACAUGUAGAAAACACUAGAGAGUCAUCAUCAGACUCCGUCGAGACUCUCACAGAGCAAAGUGUGUGUGUUGAAGUGAAAAAGCCGGAUGAAGUGCGUAACGGCGCGCUGGUUUUGCUGAGAGAGCGUCCUCAUGCGGUGGAGUACGCUAAAACUGCACGGCGUCUGAUUUCUACCAGUCCGCUGCCGGAUCUCUCUCUACUGGGCUCUCAGUGGGACAGUGUGCAGGGAAUGGUGCAGUCCGCCUGUGGGGGCGCUAUUCAGCAUGGGAGCUAUCAUGGACGCCGGCUAGCUAACAAACUCCUGCGUGCACAGGCUGGCAGCAGUGUUGGUGGUGGGCCGUGUUGCCAUCGGGACCCUCUGCGUGCUCCUGGAAGUCCCAUUCAAUCAGGCUGGUUCUCAGCAGUGAAGAGCUCUGGCUAUGCCGCUCUCUGCUCUUCCUCUUUAGGUCCGUCUCUGCGCCAGCUCCUGCCGUCCCACUCCUGCCCGUCUGCGGGGUCUUCAGCAUAUCUGGACGACGAUGGGCUGCCGGUGGCUCUGGACGCGGUGCAGCAGCGGCUCAGGCAGAUCGAGGCAAGCUAUAAGCAGGAGGUAGAGGUCCUGAGGCGGCAGGUUCGACAGCUGCAGCUCAAACUGGAGAGCAAACAGUUCUGCACGCCGCCCUCGGAGCCCGAUGUGGACUACGAGGACGAUAUUACGUGUUUGCGCGAAUCUGACGGCAGUGAGGAUUCAGACUCUCUGUCCAGUCGCAGUGAGGAUCGCUUCAGUGAGGGCAGCUGGGAUCGAGUUGAGAGGAAAGACACAGAGGUCACUCGGUGGGUCCCGGAUCACAUGGCUUCUCACUGCUUUAACUGUGACUGUGAGUUCUGGAUCGCCAAACGCCGCCACCACUGCAGGAACUGUGGGAAUGUGUUUUGUAAAGACUGCUGCCACCUGAAGCUGCCCAUUCCAGACCAGCAGCUGUACGACCCGGUUCUAGUCUGCAAUACCUGCUACGACCUGCUGCUGGAGUCCCGAACGCGAGAGUUACGCUCGCAGCAGCUGAAAAAGGCCAUCGCCACCGCCUCCAGCUGAGAGACCGAUGCUCUCUACAGUCAAACACACCCAGAGCGGACGUCCCGCUGCACACCGGGAGCGUUUCUAACACACAGCGCUGCUCUGCUCGAGGACGUUCAGGUUCAGACGCCCAGAACAGCGUUUUCUUCUGCAUCUGGAAAUCAAUAUGCAUCGUCACACCGCAGAGGAGGAAAACACGGGACAAUCAUCCAGAGGCUCACUAUUUAAACCCAGAGAAGACUGCUGCUGCUGCUGCUGCUACAGUAUUUAAAAUGAUUCUACUUUUGUAUCCUUAUGAUUUUUCGUGCACUACAGAGAGAGGGGAUCCGAGACCAAAACUGGAGAAAUCUGCAGUUGUUUACUUGCUGUUUGUUUGUUUGUCUGCUGUUUGAGGCUUGAAUGUACUGUUUGUUUGUUGAUCGUGCAGUUUCUGAACAGAUUUAAAGAGACGGUUCACACAAAAGUAAAAAUCUAAAUGUACUAUUUACUUUCCGACAAGUUGAUACGCAAAAGAAGAUGUUUUGAAGAAUGUUGGAAUUUGGUGGUUUCCAUAGUAUUCCCCCCCCCACUAUAGUAGGUAAUGGGUUCCGAUUUCAAACAUUUUUGGCCAUGAUAUUUUUUUAUUUUGUUUGCACAUAUUGAAAUUCAACAUUUUACAUGCAUUUAUUUACAACAAUAACAAACACUGCAGGUACAAACUAUACAAAGCAAAAGAAUAUAAGAGAUAUAGAUAUAUUAGAAAAGAAUAUGUGUUAAAAACUCCAAAACAAAACAGCAACUAAAUAAAAAUGCUCCUGUUUUGUUUACUGUUAAUCUCGUCAAAAGUGACUAAUAUAAUAACAUCAUCUUUUGUGUUGAACUGAUGAGACUCGAGCAGGUUUUUGAUUGGGAAUUGAUGGCAGAAUUUACAUUUUAGUGUGAACUGUCCCUUUAAAUAAACACUCCACUUAUUUCUUUUUUUUUGCAAAUACGCUUAUUUUACAGCUCCUCUACAGUUAAACAGUGGAUAUUUACCAUUGUUGAAUCCAUUCAGCCGAUCUCCGGGUCUGGCGGGAGCACUUUUAGCUUAGCUUAGCAUAGAUCAUUGAAACAGAUUAGACCAUUAGCAUCUCAUGGUCAUUUUUCUACUGCGUGUGUUAAAUCAUGCAUUUCAUUAUUGAAGUAGAUUAGAGUGAUUUUAUUAGCGCUAAACUGGAGGAUGGUAGUAUUACACUUGCAUAAGGCAUUAUGAAUUAUUGCAGACUCAUCUGAUGGAUGGAUUUAACCUCAUAAAACCCGAUGAAAAUGGAUAGAGGCCUUAAAAUGAUCAACAUUAUCAAACUUGAUACUGAUAACAUUGGCUUCAUACCUUCUGUUUACUGAUCCGAUGAAGGCUUUUUAGAGGUUUUCCUUGCCUCUUCUGAAGCUACAUUAUGCAGUAAGACUGAAAAGUUGUUCUUUUCUAGACUGUUAUAAUUCAGCCGAUAUCUGGGCUUGAUGAGAGCACGAUUAGCUUAGCUUAGCAUAGAUCAUUGAAUCGGAUUAGACCAUUAGCAUCUCUUGAUCAUUUUCCUGGUUAAAGCUUGCCUCUUCUGAAGCUACAUUGUGCAUUAAGACUGACAGAAAAUGAAAAGUUUUCUAGGUUGAUAUGACUAGGAACUAUACUAAUUGUGGCGUGAUAAUCAUGGAACUUUUCUGCAUUAAAAUUGACUGCAUGGUCGGCAGUAAAGUUCCUUUAUUAUUAUGCCAGAAUUAGUAUAGUUCCUAGUCAUAACAACCUAGAAAACAGCAACUUUUCAUUUUUCUGUCAGUCUUAAUGCACAAUGUAGCUUCAUAAGAGGCAAGCAUUAACUGGGAAAAUGAUCAAGAGAUGCUAAUGGUCUAAUUCGAUUUAAUGAUCUAUGCUAAGCUAAGCUAAAAGUGUUCGGGUCAAGCCCAGAUAUCGGCUGAAUUAUAAGAGUCUAGAAAAGAACAACUUUUCAUUUUCUGUCAGUCUUCAUGCAUAAUGUUGCUUCAGAAGAGGCAAGCUUUAACCAGGAAAAUGAUCAAGAGAUGCUAAUGGUCUAAUCCGAUUCAAUGAUCUAUGCUAAGCUAAGCUAAAACUGCUCCCCCUUGACCCAAAGAUCGGCUGAAUGGAUUGAUCAAUGGUGAAACUCCACUGUUUAACUCUAGAAACGUUGUGAAAAUGAAUAAUAAAAGUGAAGUGUUCCCUUUUAAGCUGCUAGUUUGCUUCGUAAAGAUCCUUAUUUUUCCAGUCACUCUUUUUGAAACUGCGCUUUAAGCUUAACUGUGAAAAUCCACUCUCUUGUUUGAUUGUGAAAUCAAUGUUUUAAAUGCCAAAAUCCAACUCAGAUUCCAACAUAUCAGAACUCGAUAAUAGGGAAAUCACUCAUCGCAGUUUGACGCAGAUCAAGCUGAUCAUGUUUGCACCGUUAACCUGUCUGUUGUUGUGGUAACUAUACUCAUAUUGCACUGCGCCGCCACAAAACUAGCGCUAGUUUCUUUUCUACGACUUCAUCUGAACGCUCGUCGAUCUCCAAAACCCAGACACAGGUCAACUACUGGCCAUUUCAUGCUUUUGUCUUCUGUGUCUGGUGAAAAACAAACAGCAUCACCUCACAUUUGUUCAAACUAAGAGUUCUGGUUUCUUUUCCGUCAUGUGGUCUGUGUUUUCAGAGCCGGUGGAUGAUGGUGUGGUGUUUAACGCUGAUCCUCUCAGCAGUGCCAUGUGUUUUAUUUUCUUACUGGUUUGUAACUUUAACAUGUUUAAUGGUAGAUGCUUAACAACAAACAACAACAGAAGAAGAGGAAUGAUGAUGAUGAUAGAGGAGCUGAUCUACACACACUGAGAAGCGUUUGGGUUUGGUCUGAUGGAUUAUCGCUUGUUUUGUUUUUUCAUGGUGUUAAUGAAGGACACAUUUUGAGUUGAAACAUUAAAAAAAUAAUAAAAAAGGAACCCAGAAAUGUGAUGUAUAGUUAUCCGGUCUGUAUAGUGGCUCAGAUUUGUCACUUAGUGAAUAAUUGUUGUAAAGAAAUGCACUGUACAAGUUCAAUCCCAUGGGUUAAAUAAAUCUUUAUCAGCCGACU